AUGUCCCAGAAGGCCAUGGUAAAACAGCUAGUGAAAGUCGCAGCGUCACCUUCCAAGCCCACGCCACCUCCAGCUCAGGAACAGGAGGAACCUAAGUUGGGUUGCUGGGCGAUUGUCUGUCUCAUGCCACGGGGACUCAAAUGGUGCAUCUUCGGCUCGGCCUUGACCGCUGUGAUCGUUAUUCUUGUUAUUUUCAUUGCACCUUGGGGGGCACAUAAACUGAAGGAAGACAAGAUGAUGAAAAAAGUCCAGCCGAAGGAGAUCGUGGCUCGGGGUGUUCCCAUCAUGAUGUCUUCCGCGCUAGUUUCGUCGCCUCUUUCUAUAGCGGCGACGGAGACCGCUGUGCCCUCUCUCAAGCUUGGGAUUGCUCACCCCUCUUUCGCCAAUACGACCACGUUUCAGCGUCUGCCUUCCUCUUCGAAGGCCCGCAACGCAACCGUCACUCCCUCGAGUGGACGCUGCUCGGGCAUGUCUGCGGCGACGGCGGCUGGAUGUAGCAUGACGUCUUCUUCCCGCCCUGUGAAGUCGUGUCCCUCGGUAUCGUCAAAUCCUCGGAUCUCCUAUAGUUGGACUCGUCCGCCGCCGGGAAGCUCUGUGUUCAGUGUUCCGAUCACGCUCACGGAUGCCGCAUCUAGUUCCACGCAUUGCUAG